AUGGCAAGCGACCAAUCUACGACACUGGACCAGCUCCUGGUCCCCUCCCUUCUCCCCCGCAUUUACACCUUCUGGUUCCAGCACAUCCCCUCAAACAAGCGCCUGCUCCUCCCCUCCCAAGAGGACUGGAUGAAAUGGUUCCUGAAAUCCGACGACUUCGACAGCGCAUGCACCUCCCAAUUUUCGACCAUUCUCACCGCCAUCCGCGACACCAACACCACCGCAGAGGACCUCCUCUCUCGGGCUAACCCCUCCACACCCCAAGACUGGCUAGCCCUCAUCAUCCUCCUGGACCAACUCCCCCGCAACAUCUACCGCGGCGAAUCAUCCCGCAUCGUCUUUGAAUUCUUUGAUCCACUCGCGAGAACUAUCGCCCUCAAAGCCGCGGACGCGGGGUUCCCAAGUGGGACCAGUCCCUUCCGCUACCGCCAGGGUCAGCGCAUAUGGUUUUACAUGCCGUUCAUCCAUGCCGAGGAUCUCGACAUGCAGGAGCUUGCGCGGAUCAAGUAUGCGGAGAUGGCGGAGGAUUUCACCCGGUUGCUGGACGGGGAUGCAACGGGGUUAUCGGAUGACGAGGCGCAGUGCCGGCAGAUUCUUCUGGAGAAUCGGGCGAGGCUCGAGGAGCAACUGACGACGCAUUUCCGGGUACAGAGGGAGCAUUAUGAGCCCAUUGCGCGGUUCGGGCGGUUUCCGCAUCGGAAUGUGGCGUUGGGGAGGGAGACGAGUGACGAGGAGAGGAGGUUUCUGGAGGAGGGAAAGAUAUUUGGGUAG